AGCGCAAAGGUAUAGCGCCAUCUUUAGCUCGAAACACGGUAACGUAAACGAGGAUCAGCGUUUCAGGCUCGACUUUGAGCGGCAAGGCAAGACAUCUGCUUGUUUUGCAAUUUUUUCACCUUAUAUGUGAUCAAUAAUUAUCUAAAAGAUGUCUAGCUCUCCAGGGACUAGUCGUUAUGACCUCCGCCCAAGAAAGAACUCUCCAGAUGGGAGGCCAACCUUCGGGAAAGAAACUUCAGAGGCCAACAGUCAGUCAGAGGGCUCAGACACAGAAGAGGCAAUUUCUGAUCUAAAUGAAAUAGCUGUCAAAAGCCAAGACGUUGAGUCCACGGACACAACAGCUGAUGAAACAGAUGGUGGGGUUUCUUGCAUAUCUGCUGGAACUGUUAAAGAUGAAAGCCAUCAUACUGAUAAAUCAGAUAUCAAAACAAAGUAUGCGAGCACAGAGAAGUACGAUUCAAGGCAGUACAAAGAGAACCAGAGUACCCCAUUUUCACCUCAAGUGGGCAGCACAGAAACAUCUAAAAAUAUCUCAUGUUUGCUACAAAUUAUCCUCUUAUGUCUUGCAAUAUGCAUUCCUUUGGUUUUCAAGUUUAACUUUAUAUUUGGCAUCAAUAAGUUCAACUUUUCUCACACAAAAAUCCAGAUCAACCAAUUUUCUGACAGGCCAGUGGCAUAUCGUUUGGGCAACUUGACCACCGAGUUAGAACAUUUAACAGCAAAGUAUGCUAACUUGGACAACAGUUUCUGGGAUGUCAUCGCAGGGGCAUCUUGGGGCCACAUACAAGGAGAUGCAACAUUCAAGCGACCAGUUGUGCUGCUCCUCGUGGGACAACCCAAAUCAGCUAAUCUCGAUGUGAUUGCCAAUGAUGUGGCCAGACUGUACUCGAAUGUCUUCAGCAUGACUGAUGACAGCACUAUGUACAUUGAUGGCGGUUGGCAAGCCAUGAAAGAAGCAGACCAGGCUAAGUUGGAUAUGGACAAUCACCUCAAGAAUGGCUUCAGCAAUGGCAAGAAAGUAGUCCUAAUUCGUCAAUUUGACAAGCUUCCGCCAUGCUCCAUCAUGCUGUUUCACAGCUACUGUGAUAAUGAGAAUGCACCACACAAGGAUGCAGUCAUCAUCUUUACUGUAGAACUUGAGACAACAGUGUCAAGUACAGCCCAGGGCAUAGAGGAACUGGUUCAAGAGCAUCUAGGAAACAUUUGGGCUCAGUGCAAAGAAGAACUGCUGCAAGACAAAAUCAUGGCAAUGCACAGCAGAGUGUCUAAUAAUAUUGCUUUUGUUAAAUAGACUAUCUCAAUGUCAGUAUUGAUUCAAUAUAUGUAUACACUACGAUUUGUCAAAUGGUAAUCAGAUUGAAUCUGGUGAAUAUUGGAAGAUGAUGCUGAAGUUUUAAAAUAAAUUGGUUGCAUGCCACAGUGGAGUCUACACAGUAUCCAAAAACUAAAGCACUAAAUAUCAUUUGGUUUGAUUAUGCAGACGUAGGAAUAAUAAUUUUAUGAGGUGCUUUUUUAUAAUCCAAAAUGAACAUGCUAAGAUUUAUUUUGAGAGAGUUUUGCACAUCUUAUUUUCAACUUGAUAUGUUUUACAAACUGAAUUUUUUCUGAUUUCAUUGAUUUUUUUUUUAAAUAUCAAUUUUUACCUCUGAGCAACUCACUUAAAAGCAACAUGAUUAUUAUUCCCAAUUCAUUAUUUUAAUGUGUUUUAUCUGAAAUAAUUUUGUCCCCCAAAUAUUUUGAAUUCUUCAAUAAGUGCAUUUUUACUCUUUGACUUUUCUUUACUUAAUUUAUGAAAGAAAUAUUGAUGAAUAGAAAUCCUUACUCAUUCAUGGUCAUAAGUACACUGUAUAAUACCAUACACCUUUUAAUUUUUUAUCAUUAUAUGUUCUUCAUUCUCCAAUCAUGUAAUCGAUGUAGUUUCCUUUUGAUUGGAAGUUACUGCAAAAGUACAUGUACGAUGUACCUGUAUGUACAUGUUCUUAAUCCUCUCACCAAAUAAUUAGAAGUUGAUUCGCAUCUACUUAAUGACCUUUUCAAAAUCUUUACCUUGCCUCUAAACAAUUGACUGUAAAGUAUAUGUACUUGGAAUUCAUUAUUUUUAUGUGUUGAUACACACGCUGCUUUCAAUGAAUUUGUCAAUCACAAGUAAAAGAAAAUUGAACUAUUUUUGUACUGCUCAGUACAAAUGUGAUUUACACUACAGUACCACAGAAAUCUGUUGGACUUAUGAGAAAUUCACCUUAUCAGAAGUAUAUGUAUAUAACUCCUGUUUUGCAUAAUCUGGUCUAAAGAAAAUGCUUAAACUUGGGUGAAUAUUCAAUUUAUAACUUCCUUCAUUGUAAAAAUCAUUUUACCUCGUGCUUUCUGUACAUUAUUAUCCAGAAUUCACCUGUUGGACACCUUAAAGACAAGAUUUAUUAAUCAUCUCUAUUUGAGUUCAUUACAUGUACUUGUAAGUAGAGUACAAAUGGAGGGAUUGACAGUACAAAGUACAUGUAUGAGUCUUGUUUGGUCUACUGUGCACUGAAAGGAAAAUAAUGAAAUAUUAAGAUAAUAA